AUGAUUCUCUUUAUUUUGACAAUUCUGCUUCAAGUUGGACUUCAAUCCGUUGAAAGCGCAGCAAGCAAUUCCUUAUCUGACUGCAAUGCAGUAGCUACCAAAUUUCGCAAUACUUGCAAUGGAAUAGCUGUUAACAACAUUACUGCCACUACGGGUACCAAUGUAUCAUGUAGCUCAGGUUUCACUAGUACAACGUGUCCCGGUACAAUGUAUGGUAGUACGUGUGUAUUUCAACAUAAACUGUGUGUCACUUGCUCUAGCAGCACAACUAUUCGUAUUCGUGUUCAGUCGAAUGGACUGCCACUUUUUUGUCCUAAUACACCUGCAACUAUAAAAGAAUUGAACGUUGAUUUUGAGGUGAACUUUAAUCCUAAUGUAAAUGUCAAUUCUCCUGUACAGAAUCCAACAACUUCAUCACAAUUGAACUCUAUCGUUUGCAACAUUAGUAGUCAAGCAUCUGUACCAUCCGCAUCCAAUUACGUAUCUUACAGCAGUUCUGGUUCUUUCAAUACACUUGCUGGUAUCAGUGUUGAUGGUGUUACAAUUUUAAAUGUAAACAGUGUCAAUAAUGUCGAUCCGUUUUAUCCAACUGGAAACUAUGCAUCAGAAUUAGUUGAUGCAUGUUUAGGACAUCCAAAUGCAGCAAGCAAUGGUUAUCAUUACCAUAUUGCAUCGGGUUGUCCACUGAAUCCUCCCACUGGGAUGAUCGGAUCCUGUAAGUCUACUCCUUCUUGUAAUGCAAGUAUUGCUAACUAUUCAAUAUCAAAAUUUUCGUCAUAUCGUACUUUGACUGUAAUUGGAAUCGCCAAAGAUGGGCAUGUUAUCUAUGGACCUUACGAUUCAACAGGCACUGAAGUAACGAGUGGUUUCGAUAUAUGCAACGGUAUGUUUUAUGAUUCUAUUGGAAAUUACGCCUAUUUUGCUACGCGGACAUUUCCGUAUAUAACGGGUUGUUUCGGUCCUGGUAAUUAUCCAAGUUUUCUUCCAAGUUGCACAACAAAUAAACCUGCAGCAUAUACAAAAUCAAUAUAUGCUGGUAAAUAA